AUGCCCAGUUAUCGCGGCGAUCCAAAGAUGCUGAUGAUGCGGUCGAUAAUGGCCUGCGCGACAGUGAUUGCUGACUUGUUGGGAAUCGGAGUCAACACGGUGAAUCGGGUUAGUUAGGUGGUCCAUCAUGGAUAGGACAUAUUUGCACCGUACAGUGUACCCCGGCGGCUGAAAUUGAUUCUACUUUACAUUCAACUAGGUCAACCGAAAUACGUUCGAACGGUCUUUGUACUGGUACAUGUCCCGUUGGUAAUUUGUUUCGAUUAUGGACUGUUUUUCGACGUUGACAGGCUUGGCAUUCUUCACACCAAGUACGGACGUCCCGAUUCAUGGUUGGCCACCAGAACUUUUGGAGGAUCUUCUCGUAAGUCGGUCUAGACACUAAGUGGCCUCCAGGUAAUACGUGGUCGUGAUAGGCGUGCAGAACUAGUCUGGUAAGGGCCUGAGGCAACACUAAUUGGUCACUAAACGUACUACAUUUUCGGAGGUAGCCUGGUAAAUACGAUUUAAACAACAAUCCAUCACGCACGAGGUAGUAUGACAUGGCGGCAGUGGCUGCCUCGGUAUCAGGUAAUUGGGCGUCAGUUUUUGUAAGGUAGUCGACAUAGAUAGGUGCCAUGUUCAAGAGCUUGUUUCUCACGCAAUAUAUCGCGGUUGUUAGUUUCAAAUACGUUGGUCGCGCUGAUGUUGACUGAUUUCUCCGCGAAUAAUUCGCGAUCACUUUGAACUGGUCGCAAGUUGUCCAAACGAUCUGCAGAUACUUGGUACGGACAUUGCGGAACAUUUGUGUGCAGUGCAGGGUCAUCAGCCACAUUCCUGCAUAUCGGUGCAAGUUGUGGUGCUUCCAACUGUUGUUGGUGAUCAAACGCAAACAACCGAGAUAGGGUGUCUGGGACAACAUGUAACUUUCCGGGCUUGUGUCGCACGGUAAAGUCAAAGGACUGCAAAGCAUUUGCACAUCUAGUCAGCAUAUUUGACGUGUCUUGCGUUGUGUACAAAUAUCUCAAUGCCGCGUGAUCCAUGACAACUUCGAAAUGUCUGCCCCACAAGUAGGGUCGCCAGUGUUGUAAACUCAAGACCACACCGUGACGUUCCUUCAUCGUCGCAGAGUAGUGACGUUGAGCUUUGUUAAAUCGUUGGCUAAAAUAAGCGAUAUUCUUAACAUCGUCGCCGUUCUUUUGGCCCAGGAAUGCUCCUGUACCAACUUCACUAGCAUCUACGUGAACCACAAAGUCUUUAGUAAAGUCAGGGAAACAAAACACAGUGUGCUUUGCUGAGUAAGCGUUUAAUAUCUGCACAAGCCUUAUCAUGUUUCUGGUUCCAACGUUUCGCGAUCGAUUUUACAUGCUCCUGUUGUGUGAGUUCGACCAGCGGUGCGAUCACCGUAGAAAGGUCGGAUAUUAAUUUCCUCACAUGGUUACCAUUCCCAAUACUGAGCGAAGUGCUUUGGUUGUGUUGGGUACAGGCAAGUCGAUGAUAGAUUUUAUACGAUCUUCCCCAAUGCGAAUCCCUUUUGCAGACAGUAUGUGCCCCAGGCUGACUGGAUAUCGCAGACAGUAAUAAAUUUUGCUCCUCCAACGGUAUCAAUAUGGGAUUCUAUAUUAUUUGGCAUGGGCCAAGAUUUUCGAAUUAAACUCUUGUUAAUUGUAGAGCGGUAGUCAACGCAGAAUCGAGGAGUGCCAUCAGCUUUAUCUACGAUGGUAACAGCAGAUCCCCACGAACUGGGUCUGUUCAAUAAUCUCCUCCUCUUCCAUUUGUUCCACACACUUGUCGAUAACUUCUUGAGCUCUAGGAUUAGUACGAUAGGGAGCACGGUCGACUGGUGGUGGCAUAGUGCCUGUUUCUAGCGGAAAAUCUGCCUUGGCUAUCUUGGAUUUUCCGAGCUCCUUCGGAGUUUAUGAAAACACGUUACGGUAUUUCGCGUAUAUAUUCAAGACUUGCGAGCAUUGUUGAGGAGUAAAUGCAGUGUUUGCGAACGCUUUUUUCAUGGCUCGUUUCAACUCGUCCCGCUUGUGUCUGAAUGUGGUUUGGUCGCUAUUGACAGCGCUAACUGUUUCAUCAGCAACCGAUUUUACUGGCGAAAUGUACCCCAAAAUAGUGUCACGUGCAAUGUGAACGUGUCGUAUGGAUGGAUUAGCAACUUGUACUGCAGCAGACUUGUCUUUUGCUGACCAAUUGCAUACCGUUCUAGCGACUACGAUUGUACGGAACGCUUCGGGUAUAUUUUCAGACGUUUCGAUGUCUUGGGCAGUGACAAUCCGUGGUUCUAUCAACACAGGCGUGUUUGUCUGUGGUGCAUGUUCUGUCACGACGUCUACUGCCAUUUCACUUUCGGGGGGGAUGCAGAAUCUUCUAGAGAGGUAUACGGGCACCGCUCCUAUCGAUGGGUCAAGCGUCACUACAGAAAUUUGCGCUGGGGCAUCAUUGUUGGUGCCCACUUGACUAUUCGUACGUCUGUGAGUUGCCGGAAUUUUGCUUGUUGAAUCCUAAAUGAAAGUUGCUCACCGCACCAAUGAAGGACGGUACCAAAGGCAUUCAUAAUGCUAUUAUCGAGCAACAUCUUAUCCGGACCUAGGUUGGGCAACACGUGGGCCUCCACUGGUAGUGUGAUAUCUUCCAGUGUGAGCUUAAAACGGAUGUAUCCUAGGAUUUCUAACGCUGAUCCGCAUGGGAAUUCAGCUGAAUUGCGCCAGGAGGCACAGGUUUCAGAGGUAAACGUUUGAGGACUGGAUGCGAUUUAAUAAAAGACGCUGAUAUACACGGUACAUCAGCUGCUGUGUCGGUAGUGAGGUCAGCCACACAGCGUAAUUACAAACUCGGGCAGGAAUUCGCACUCUCUUGGA